GACGCCAUUCACACUACAGUGCUGUCAUCAACUGUCGAAACUACACCUGUCGGGCUGUAGCUCAUCAUAGUUGUUAAGCUACAUGUGGAGGGAAACCGUUUUGACACAUAAUCAAGGCUUGCUUUUUCAACAAAAAAUAUGGAUGGACAGCCACCGGACAAAAUGGAUCCAUACAUGAGCCAAGAAGAGGAAGAAGAUAUUGGUCUGGAUUGGCUUCUUGGGAGAGACAGCCCAGAGAUUGUUCAUGCACCUAUGGAUACCAACAUUUUGAUAUCCGGUGAAUGUUGUGACAAUGUAGACAGAAUUCCAAGUAAAGAAUUCAGCAGAGAGAGAGUCUUUGAAGCAGCAUCCCAGGGCGACGCAAUUCAACUCAAUGGCCUGCUGGACUACCUGAGAGAUAACAAUAAACAACUUACAAGCCCAGAAUUCACAGAUGAAAUAAAUGGGAAAACUGCACUCCUGAAAGCUUUGCUGAAUCUUAAAGAUGGCAAAAAUGACACCAUUGAAGUUCUCCUUGACAUCGCCGAGAAAACUGGAGAUUUGGAAAACUUGAUAAAUGCAUCUUACAAAGAUCCUACCUACAAAGGUCAGACAGCGUUGCACGUUGCUAUCGAGAGAAGGAGCUUUGACCAUGUGAAACUGCUGGUUGAGAAAGGAGCUGAUGUCCAGGCUAAAGCCAACGGGAACUUCUUCCAGAGAAAUGCAGGACUAGGUUUCUAUUUUGGUGAGCUUCCUUUGUCACUGGCUGCCUGCACCAAUCAGCCGGAUAUUGUGUCCUUCCUCAUGGAAAAUCCUCACAGAAGAGCCGACUUGACUGAGAAAGACUCGCAAGGAAACACUGUGUUGCACACCUUGGUGGUCAUCGCAGAUAAUACGAUAGAAAGCACGGAUAUGAUUUCAAUGAUUUAUGACCACAUUCUUAUACAGCACAGCAAACUUGAAAAAAAAACUGAAGUCCAGCUGGAAGAUAUUGAGAAUAAUAAGGGGUAUACUCCUCUGACGUUAGCUGCUAAGCUGGGCAAGAUCGGGCUGUUUAAGCACAUGUUACACCGGGAAUUUACAGAGGAGGAGACGAGGCCACUGUCCAGGAAGUUAGCAGAAUGGGACUAUGGACCUGUUCACUCCUCCCUUUAUGACCUGAAGUCCAUUGAAACUGAUGAAGACCGCUCUGUGUUGGCGAUAGUAGUCUUUGGGAGCGAUAUUCCGAAUCGACCUGAGAUGCUGCAGAUUGAGCCUCUUUGCAGUGUUCUCCAGGGCAAGUGGGACAGGUUUGCUUCCAAGGUAUUCCUGAUGAAUUUCUUGGUUUAUCUGCUAUACGUGUUCAUCUUCACCGCUGUGGCCUUCUACAGAAAGAAAGGACAGCCACCGUUUCCUGUUGAAGAUGUCACAGUUGACUCCGUGCGAUGCAUCGGUGAGAUCAUCUGUGUCCUUGGAGCAGUGUGGAUUUUCUAUAAAACGAUUACCAUGUUCAUUAGGAAGCCCCCAAGGUUCAAGGCUCUAUACAUGGACGGAUUCAGUGACAUCAUGUUUUUCCUGCAGGCUUCACUCCUUCUGAUCUGCACAGUUUUGUACUUUUGUGGGAGGAGAGAGUACGUUGGCAUCCUUGUGCUCUCGCUUGCUUUUGCCUGGAUCAACGUUCUUCACUACUUAAGAGGUUCUAAAGAAAUGGGGAUGUACAGCGUCAUGAUGCAAAGAAUGAUCAUGGUCGACCUUUUUCACUUUCUAUGUGUCUAUAGCGUCUUGCUUAUUGGAUUUUCUGCUGCUAUUGUUGCUCUUCAUGAGGAAACCCCUCGAGGAAAUAAAUCCAAUGGCACCCUGUCACGAGGAAAGGUCAAGCGAUGCAAGAAACCAUGUUACAAUAACAUCCGUUUCACAAUACUGGAAAUGUUCAAGUUCACUAUUGGUAUGGGCGAUCUGGGGUUCACUGACCGGGUUCAGUACAAAGAAGUUUUCUACAUCCUGCUCAUCUUGUACAUAGUUCUCACCUACAUCCUGCUGCUCAACAUGCUCAUAGCCUUGAUGGGCAGCACGGUGGAAAGCGUCUCCAAAGAGAGUGAAAACAUCUGGAACCUGCAGAGAGCCGUUACAAUUCUCGACAUUGAGAGGUCUGUGCCGAGUUUCCUUAGGAGUAAACUGUACUCCGGAGAGACGAACGUGGUGUGUAUCGGAAAUCGAAGAUUUUUCAGAGUGGAGGAAAGGAAUUGGAAACAAUGGACGUCAGAUCUUGGGGGACUCCGGGAGGAAGACCCUGGGGAUCGCAUGAUGAGGCAACAGAUCAACAGCCACACUCCAAGGAGUCGUUGGAGACUAAAUCCACUGUUGCAGAGGAUCCGUGCAAGACGGCACCCACCACAGCAAUCCAGCAUUCCCUAAAUUUAUCACAACAUCCAGCAUUUAACCGGUUAAUAAUCUGAACAUUUUGAUUCUGUUUUUAUGUGGGAAUAAAAGUAACAUUUUGCAUACUACAUGCCAUCUCUAACAAACAGCACACUGUCUCGCUUUAUGCUUCCAAAUAAAUGCCAGCAUAAAGCGAGACACUGGUCGGGAGCACUUCUCAUUUUCUUUACGUUUUACCCUCCUGCUACACAUUCAGGUGUGCAGAGAUUUUUUCAUUUUUACCCCAAUUCCCCUGUUUAAAAGUGUCCUUUUUGUGUAUAAAGUUCACACCUGUAGAAUAAACUUUGUGAUUAAGUGGUGAA